AUGAGAUACAAAUUUUCUGCCGAACUUUCGUUAUCAUUUUGCCUGAUUGUCGUCUUUCUUUAUGAAUUCUUCAACUGUCAAAACAUAUGUGAAAAACGUGAAUUGGCGACAUAUAAAAGCGAAAUUAUCAAAAAUAAUUCAUAUCUAUAUUCUCAUCACUAUAAUUACUCAAUGCGAGUUAGACUUGAUCAGUCUCACCCUGUUGUGAAAGGCAUUUUCAAUACAUUUCAAAGUGAUAGAACAGUUACACCAAAAUUCCCAUUUGAAUAUUUCGAGCGUCCCGUCAAAUAUUUGAGGGUUCUGUAUGAUCGUCGAAUAAUUGUGGAAGGGGAAACACAACUCGGACAGAUUAGAUUUACUGGUAUAGACCAUGAUAUUUAUGAAUUUAAGGUCUUGGAUACGCAGGAAUUAAUCGCUGCCAAAUGGUCUAUCAUUGCAAGUGAAGAUGAUACAUUAAUUAGAGCUAACAUAACUUGUCUGAUACAUCCAAGUGGGAAGAUAUCUAUCUAUUUUGAGGACGUUCCUACGAAAAUCAACGAAAGUCUGCAGGUUGCGUUUAUCAGGGGCACAAUUUUUUGUGAAAAACAUAGGGACAUGGAUAAGAAAGGUGUAGAAAUUCAUGUUCCUAAGGAAUUGAUCAAAAGUCGCACGUUAGCGGAGUUUGAAACCAUCGGGAGUAUGUUAAACCUUAUUUAA